GGUGUUGCAGCCCGACGAGCCCAUGCCGGAGUUCCUGGCGCCGCUGGAGAACCUCACGGCCACGCAGGGCCGUGACGUCACCUUCACGUGCGUCGUCAACCACCUGGGCAAGUACAAGGUGGCGUGGAUCAAGUCCGACUCCAAGGCGAUCCUCGCGAUCCACACGCACCUCGUGGCCCACAACCCGCGCCUCACCGUCACCCACAACGGGCACAACACGUGGAAGCUGCACAUCAAUUCCGUGCACCAGGACGACUCCGGCAUCUACAUGUGCCAGGUCAACACGGAGCCCAUGCGUAGCCAGAUGGGCCACCUGGACGUGGUGGUGCCUCCCGACAUCCUGAGCAACGGCUCGACGGACAGCGCGACGGCGCCGGAGGGCGGCACUGUGCGGCUGCGCUGCGUCGCCACGGGCGUGCCGCCGUCGCGGGUCACCUGGCGGCGAGAGGACGCCAAGGAGAUCGUGCUGCGCCAGGAGGGCGGCCGCGACAAGCAGAGUGUGCUCUACUUCGAAGGCGAGACUCUGACGCUGACGGGCGUGCAGCGGAGCGACAUGGGGGUCUACCUGUGCAUAGCCUCCAACGGGAUCCCGCCGUCCGUCAGCAAGAGGUUCCCCGUCACGGUGCUCUCAUAG